GCUGUGGCGACUGCCAAGUGAAUGAAGAAGAAAUCCUCGACGGAAAAAUUCUAAAUUUUCGUAUUUGAAUAAAACAUCUCCUUCAGAUUCCAUAAUUUACUCUUUCUUUCUCGCUUUCUCUCUUUGUCACUCACUUGCCGCUGGAACUGGGCAAUUGUUCAACAGAAUUUUAUUCUGGGCAAAGAGAAAGAACCAUGGAAGGAGGAGUGCUUGAUUCAGAUCCUUCAGCUUUCAACGAGUGUUUCUCCCUCGCGUGGAAGAACCCGUAUGUUCUUAGACUGGCCUUCUCUGCCGGGAUCGGUGGACUUCUCUUUGGCUAUGAUACAGGGGUCAUUUCCGGAGCAUUGCUUUAUAUCCGAGAUGAUUUUUCGGAGGUAGACAGGAAAACAUGGCUGCAGGAGAGUAUUGUAAGCACGGCAAUUGCAGGUGCAAUCAUAGGAGCAGCAGUAGGUGGAUGGGUAAAUGAUAGAUUUGGAAGGAGAAUUUCUCUCUUGGUUGCUGAUUUCCUCUUCUUCAUUGGGGCAGUGGUCAUGGCUGCUGCUAAUAGCCCUAAACUCCUCAUCCUAGGUCGUGUUUUCGUCGGUCUCGGAGUCGGAAUGGCUUCGAUGACUUCACCACUAUAUAUAUCAGAAGCUUCACCUGCAAAAAUUCGAGGAGCUCUUGUCAGCACCAAUGGAUUCCUUAUUACAGGAGGCCAGUUCCUCUCCUACCUCAUCAACUUGGCCUUCACCAAGGCACCUGGUACAUGGAGGUGGAUGCUUGGAAUUGCUGGAGUUCCUGCAUUGCUGCAAUUCAUUUUGAUGGCAUAUCUACCUGAGUCACCUCGUUGGCUUUAUAGAAAGGGAAAGGAAGAGGAAGCCAUAGCCAUUCUUCAUAAAAUUUACCCAUCCAAUGAAGUAGGAAAUGAAAUUCAAGAACUGAAAGAGUCAGUUGAAGCCGAGGUCAGGGAAGAAGGGACAUCAGAGAAGAUCAACCUCCUAAAACUCAUCAAAACAAAGACAGUAAGAAGAGGACUUAUUGCUGGCGUGGGGCUUCAGAUAUUCCAACAGUUUGUGGGAAUAAACACAGUUAUGUAUUACAGUCCUACAAUAGUUCAGUUGGCUGGAUUCGCUUCAAAUCGAGUAGCACUUGCACUCUCACUUAUAACAUCUGGUUUAAAUGCUUUGGGAUCCAUUGUUAGUAUCUAUUUCAUAGACAGAACAGGAAGGAAGAAACUACUAAUAUUCAGUUUGUGUGGAGUUAUUCUUUCACUUGGUGUUCUUUCAGCAGUUUUUCAUCAGACAUCCACCCAUUCACCAAUUAUUAGUAAGGUGGAAUCAAGCCAUUUUGCUAAUUCUACCUGCCCAGCUUUUCAGUCUGUUUCAACUAGUUGGGAUUGCAUGAAGUGUUUGAAAGCUUCAUCUCCUUCUUGUGGAUUUUGUGCCUCUUCCAUCAACAAGCUUUAUCCAGGAGCAUGUUUGGAAUCAAAUAAUAAUGUGAAGGACGAAUGCCACAAAGAAGGAAGGCUAUGGUAUACCAAAGGAUGCCCAAGCAAAUUUGGAUGGAUUGCAGUGGUUGGGUUAGCUCUUUACAUCAUAUUCUUUUCUCCUGGAAUGGGAACUGUCCCAUGGAUUGUAAAUUCUGAAAUAUAUCCUCUAAGGUUUAGGGGAAUUUGUGGAGGAAUUGCUGCUACAGCUAAUUGGAUCUCUAAUCUUAUUGUGGCUCAGUCAUUUUUAACUCUAACACAGGCAAUAGGAACAUCAAUGACUUUCCUGAUUUUUGGGGUGAUAUCAGUGUUUGCUCUAUUUUUUGUGUUGAUUUGUGUUCCAGAAACAAAGGGUCUGCCGAUCGAGGAGGUUGAGAAAAUGUUGGAAAAAAGAGUUUUACAAUUCAAAUUCUGGAAGAAAAUGUCUGUUAAGACAAAGCAUCCUGCUGAAGUGCAGAAGAAUUCAGAUGUUUGAUACUGUUUUAAAUAGCUUUUAAUCUUUGUAAUCUAUGAUAUGUAAGGGUUCUCUAAAAAUCUUGUUGUUUGUCGAUCGUAUACGGCUCGAUAGUUAGGUUGAGCUCAAUCAAUUUGUAUAAGUUUGGUCAUGUUUGGUUCAAUAAUAACUUGAUUAUGCAUAUAUUUUCGAUCAUGUUCGAUCUUGUUGGAUCAUUUAUAUUCUUAUUUAUAAAUGUUUUAUGGA